AAGUAACUUGGCCCCAAGUUCCACAUUGCAGACCAUGUCCUUUGGCAGCCUGCAACUGUCUCAACAGAGGAUGAAAAGAGAUGACAUUACUGAGACAAUUUCCCUAUUCUACUUGAAAAUUAAAUGCUGCACUCCUGUCCAAAAACUAUUGGAAACUGUCAGAAGAGGCAAUUCUUCCCCAUGAAAUGCUACACCUCAGCCAAAAAAAAGAAAGAAGCCACAAGCCAAGACUCUUCUUUAUUGCUACAUUGUUUGAUUUGGUUACUUCUCUAAUAGGAAUUCCUUUGGGGUUUUAUUUGUUUGUUUCUCUCUUUCGUUCCGCGGGGCGCGCGGCGGCUCCUCCGUUGGGUUCGCGGAGGCAACGGAGGAACGUUCGCGAGCUGCGGCGGUUCAGCAGCAGCAGCAGCAGCAGCAGCAGCAGCAGCAGCAGCAGCAGCAGCAGCAGCAGCAGCAGCGCUUCUCUCGAUCGGUUUUCCGCUCGACUUUCCACUCGCUCCCCAUCCCCUUCUCCCUCUCACACUCACUCCACUCCUGUCCCAUCCCGUCCGUGUCCCGCCUCUCCCAGCCCGGCUGAUGCUGGAGUACAGCCCACCGGAGUGGAUCCUCUUUGGCUGCUACCAUGGCCAGCCAGCCACCAUCUGGUCCCUGGGCAUCCUCCUCUAUCACCUGCUCUGCGGGCACCUUCCUUUCCACACAAACGAGGACAUCGUCCGGGGCCAGCUCUUCUUCCCGCCCCGGGUGUCUCAAGAGUGCCAGCACCUCAUCAGGUGGUGUUUAUCCAUGGACCCCGCAGACAGGCCAUCACUGGAAGACCUUUUUGAGCAUUCUUGGCUGCAGGAGCCCUGCCUGGCCCAGGAGACAGCAGAGAUCCAUCCCUCUGCUCAGUAGGAUCCAGGGGCCCAGCAAGUACCAGCUGCAUGUGUCUGGUGGCACACCAAGAAAACCCCGGAGCGUUUCCCUGCGGCCGCGGCACAGAGGAGAGAGCGCAGCCGAGGAGAUGCUUCCGUUGGUCCCCGGCGAGUUGUGGAGGGAGCAGCUCAGUGCUCCCCGUGCCAUUGGAGAAGUGGUGGCAGUGCGGUGAAGGUGCCACGGACUGGAACAGGGGAAACAUCCCCCUGCAGCUCAAUGGCAUCGGGAUGUCCCCGCAAGCCGAGGCACAGCUGGCGUGUUCUUCUGGAGCACCACGUGGAGCUGGGAACACCAUCCUGGAGCUGGCCGCUGGCGGGGCAAAGCCGAGCGGCUUUGGCUGCGGCCCCUUCCUGGAGGACACGCUCUGCGCCCCGAUGAAAUCAAGAUGAGUCCCCAGCCGGCGCAGGGGCGGGGGGAUGCUCGUGCUUCCAGGCAUGGCAGGGCUCAGCCUUGCCACGCGCCGCAGGUUCCCCGCUCGGCGGCGCUGGGGAAUAUUAAUUUUUCACCGGCUGCCAAGAUGCUUUUUGGUGGGACAGGGGACGGAUGUUGUGGAAGGGGAGCCGGCUCCUGGCCUUGCUGACAGCUUCUGCCAGCCAGCCUGGCACGGGCUGGGGCGGGGGCAGCCAGCCUGACAAAACAUCCAUCCAUGUCGAUGGGGGCAGCAGAGGGGGACGGGUUCCGAAGCCGUGCCCCAGCUGGUCUGCUUUGCAGGCCCUCGAGGAAGGGGUGCGUUUAUGGGCGGGAAAGGUGGGGUUUUUCCCCAUCCCUGGACAGGUUUCAUUCUCGCAUGGAGUGGUCAGACCCUCCUCAGGCCCGUGAAACGGUGACAGGCUGUGUAGGUUUUUCUU